AUGGAGGGAUACCAGCUGUUACUAUUGAUUUUAAUACAUUUUUUGAUCCUUUUCAAACCGAAUCAUUCUGCCAGGGCUAAGCAACGCUUAGGUCUUGAAUGGAAAACAUUUACGUGUCUGGGAAAUCCAAAGAUUGUGGAAUCUCAUAAUUGUUAUAUUCUAGAUUCCGACAAAUCUUUAAUUACUGCCGAAGUGAAGUAUACACAGGACUUUGAUCGUUUUAAUGCCACAUUUCGUUUAUCGAUGCCACGACCGCCCUUUAACGAAUAUCACAAACUGAUCGAUGUGAGUUUUGAUGUAUGUCAAUUCUUUAAGGGAUCACAUCGUCAUAAGUUCAUAGCGAUUACAUAUAAAAGUAUGGCCAAACAUAGCAAUAUGCCAAUGAAAUGUCCCCAACUUAAGGGUUUUUAUUUCUUUCGCAAUAUCAGCAUUGGCGAGAAUUUGCCAGCUUUUCUACCCGAAACUGAUUUUAAAAUCGAAUUCAAUUUCUUUACACCAACUUCAACUGUUUUGAAUACAACUUUAACCGGACGUUUGUCUGAGGGAGUCAGAAAAGGACGAAUCGUUUAA